UCAUUUUCUUCAAGUAUCAACCAUGGGGGGUGGAAAGACCACUAUCAUGGUACUCAAGGUUGAUCUUCAAUGUUCAAGCUACUACAAAAAGGUCAAAAAUAUUCUCUGUAAAUUCCCUCAAAUUAGAGACCAAGUAUAUGAUGAGAAGGGCAAUACAGUCACAAUCACUGUGGUUUGUUGUAAUCCUGAAAAACUUCGUGACAAAUUGUGUAGUAAAGGAUGUGGUGUAAUCAAGAGCAUUGAAAUCAAAGACCCUCCAAAGCCCAAACCUCCCGAAAAGCCCAAAGAGCCCGAACCUAAGACACCUGAAAAGCCAAAAGAAGUUGAGAAGCCUAAGCCCAAAGAGCCCGAACCUAAGACACUUGAAAAGCCAAAAGAAGUUGAGAAGCCUAAGCCCAAAGUGCCCGAAAAGCCCAAAGAAGUUCCUAAACCUAAACCAGUUGCUCCACCACCAGCACUAGAGCCCGUAAUGCCUAUGCCAAUUCAAGAAUACCCACAACCGCCACACAGAUAUUGUUGUGGACAAUGCUACGAAGGCCAAACGGGGGGCCCAUGUUAUCAAGGGUAUGGAAGACCGAUCCCUCCGCCCCCGAGACAUUGUUGUGGAGAAUGCUACGAAGGCCAAACCGGGGGCCCAUGUUAUCAAGGGUAUGGAAGACCAGUCCCUCCGCCCCCGAGACAUUGCUGUGGACAAUGCUACGAAGGCCAAACUGGGGUCUAUGUUAUCAAGGGUAUGGAAGACCGGUCCCUCCGCCCCAUGUUACGAUAA